GUGAAAAUGGAUCCCUCUUCCGAAACCAGACCUCCGACCGUGUGGAGGCUGAAACCCAUAGAAGCUACACCGGAGACCUUCCGAGAGUUCGGGCAAGUGAUUGAGGCGGCGCCUGACGGCGAAGAGUUCGGUCCCCACGAUGCUCAACUCGACCUCAGCCGCGGCGUUCCUAGGUUAUUCCAUUCCUCCCAAGUCCCAGCAUCACUCGCUUGAUUAGUUUCCCACUUGCCCUUAAUUUACCAGAAUUAAUGUGUGAAGUUGAACAGCACCACAGACAGACAGGAAAAAAGAAGUUUGAUUCUCACACAUUCUCUUAAUUCAAAUACAGGGUGAUACUGUAUUUUUAGUUUAAGAAGAUUCACAGAGCCUGUUUGGGAAGGCAAAUCCCGUAUAAAUUAGCUGAAGUGAAGGGAGAUUAAAUGGAUAAUAAGCGGGAGAGUAAUAGGACACAUUGCUUUAUUGUUUUUAACAACUGGACAAUGGAUUGGAAUUUGGAAGCGUCAAGUUCUGAAGUAGAAACUGCUAAACAACAAGCUCGCAAGACACUCAACUUUCUAUUCACUUCAUUCCUAGCCUGAUUUAACAUUAGUAUUUGUUUUUAAGGUUUUACAUAAUGCAGCUAAAAGACCGGUCACUGAAAUUUUCAACCAUCACACACCAUGCCAAUGUAACACAGUGUCUCGGAUCAGUCGGAGGACGUGUUUGGUAUCUUGGAGUUGCUAAGCCAUCUGUAGUAGAUCCAAGCGGCAGCACCGUUGUUGCUAAUAAUGUGCGGCGAUCAGACUGUGGGCAUUUCUAUGUGCCUCCUGCCGUUGAUGAAGUGCAUGCAUUUAGAAUCACAGGGUCAAAGUUUAUAAAGCUAAAUAUAGGUACAUGGCAUGCUGGACCGUUGUUCACAGAUGAUAUGAUGGACUUCUACAAUCUGGAACUGAGCAAUACAAAUGUUGUUGAUCACACAACACAUAACUUCACCGAGGAGAAUAAGGUGGUAUUCCAUUUGGAAGAGUAACUGGUUUUCUUCGGCAAGAGUGUGUGCGGUCAUGGAUUUCUGCUUGUUCUGCAGCUUCUGCUCAACUUGUUACAGUAGUCUGAUUUGUUUUCCUUGUAAAAGAUCUGUAAAUAAAAAUUUGUGUUCCUAUUUGUAUUUAGGAGCACCCUACUUCAACGUUCUCCCUAUUAUUAAUCUACUUUAUCUGGCCUCUUUUGCAAAUGCAUAUACCAGCAUCUCUGUCCGUUUGUAAUACAAGAUGUUUUGUUCCAACUUCCAUUACCAUAUAUCAACCAAUUUGAGUUAUUUUCCUUUGGAG